AUGGCUACCAGCGAGUUUGCAAACCUUCCGCGGGAGAUUUUGCUGGUGGUGGGGAAACCGUACAUGAACACGUCGAACAUCGACGUAGUGGAUGGGCUCGUCAACGGCGCUGUCGGCACGUUCAAGCUUUGCGAGCGCCAGGCCGCCGGCGACGACAACGCCCACCCUAAACGCCUGUGGCUACAGUUUGACGUUCCCACCACCGGCAGGAUCACUCGUGCGCGUUCCGAACGAGCGGUACAAGAAGCCACACGCAACGGGUACGUCGUUGAAAGCACGUGGAUCCCGAUCGAACCAGAGUGUCUAACGCUAACCGUCGACCGCAAGUCCGGCGUUGCCUGCAAACGGCUCCAGUUCCCUCUCGUGCAGGCCAGCGCCAUUACCGUACACAAGUCUCAGGGUAGCACGUACUGCGAGGUCGUGUAUGAGUACGCAAAGGCCCAUCCGCAAAAGAACCUUGUGGAAGAGAUUCAUGGAUAUGCCGCAGUCAUAAAGUCUAUCAUCAAUGCUGUUGUUCACGGUUCUGAGCGGAACAAGACGUACGAAGACCUGGCGCUCUUUGUCGACACCUUUGGUGCAAGAUACACGGGCACUGCUACAUUAGAGAGAAGCAUCGACUACAUGGUCAAGUUGCUGAAGCGUCGCCGUCUCGAUAACGUGCACACGGAGCCAGCGACUGGCAAGAUUGUUGUCUUCAAACCAGAAGUACAUUUCAUUAACGAUAAGACCUCGAAGUACAGAAAGCGGGGUGCCGAGAAAGCUGCAAAGGCGGGCGCAGUCGCCGUGUUAGUGCGCUCAGUGACGCCAUUUUCCAUAGCGUCUCCGCACACAUGGUUCACAACGUUCACCGAGCGAAGGUUUCGCAUACCGUCUGCAUCCAUAACUGUUGAAGAUGCCGAAUUGUUGAAAAGAAUGCAGAGCAGAGGCAUAACUCCUGUCGUCAAGCUGAUCAUGCGCAACAGGGACCUACCUGCAGUUAUCUCACGAAACACGGUGGCCGAAAUAACAGGACGGGAAAAACCUCGCGAGGUGGUUAUCAUCAGUGGUCACAUCGACUCUUGGGACGUCGGUCAAGGCGCCAUGGAUGACGGCGGAGGCGCGUUCAUUUCUUGGCGAGCACUCGACGUGUUUCGUCGGCUUGGGCUGCGGCCGCGUCGCACUGUCCGCUCUGUCUUAUGGACAGCCGAAGAAGUAGGCACCAUGGGUGCGGAACAGUAUUUCGCGGACCACGCUGACGAAAAGAAAGAACGCAUAAACAUCGCCAUGGAAUCCGAUAUGGGUACAUUCAAGCCUAAGGGGCUCGCAUUCAGCGGACACAGUGAGCGAGCGAGGUGUGUUAUUGCGGAAGUACUAAGCCUCUUCAGCGAUAUCGAUGCUACGGAGCUCACGGUUGGAGCAGAUGCACCGGACCUCAGGCAAUGGAUCGAGGCAGGUUUUCCAGUCGCGUCGCUCACCACGCACAGCGGGAAGUACUUCUACUUCCAUCACACGGACGGGGACACGAUGACUGUUCAUGACCCCAAGGUUCUGGAUCUCUGCACUGCGAUGUGGGCCGGCGUCGCGUACGUCCUUGCUGACCUGCACGAUAGCCUGCCUCGUAGAUAAA